AUGAUUCUCACAGUUCUCUUGAUUCUUAAACAAAUUCUCGGUAUCAGCACCGGAAGGAAUGUGGACGUACUUUUAGAGGCCGCACAGCAUGCCGAGCACGAUAAUAUACGGGGUGUAAGCGAGUGUUUGAUCCUUGGAAAAAUCCCCCGUAUUGGAACAGGUUGCUUUGAUUUGAUAUUAGAUGCUGAGAAGUGUAAGUUUGGUAUGGAGAUCCCCACAAACAUUACAGGACCUGGGAUGAUGGGUGGACCAAUGACAGGCACUGGAAUGUUCUUUGGUGCUGCUAAAUUACCACAGAUGACUCCUAGGACCGUGGGAGCCACACACGCUUAUACUGAGGUCUAUCCGUUGUACUCUCUCACAUCGCCAAAAUACUGUCCAACAUCUCCAUUUUACUCUCCCACAUCGCCAGGGUACAGUCCAACAUCUCCAUUUUACUCUCCCACAUCGCCAGGGUACAGUCCAACAUCUCCAUCUUACUCUCCCACAUCGCCAGGGUACAGUCCAACAUCUCCAUCUUACUCUCCCACAUCGCCAGAGUACAGUCCAACAUCUCCAUCUUACUAUCCCACAUCACCAACUUACUCGCCUUCUUCUCCUUCCUAUGCUCCUUCGUCUCCAAAGUAUUUUCCAUCCAAUGGCGCACAGUAAACACGUUUACUGUGCGCCAUUGCUAGGUCACUGUAGGCGUGAGGGUUUAAAAUUAAACUUGCAUUCAAUCGCGUUUAUAAUGUCGUCAAUUCUAAUUGAGAAUUCCUUUGCUGGUUGGGAAAUUUAGAGAUAAUACUGGGGAGGCUGAUUUUGAAGUCAACGGCGUUCCAUUCAACAAGCUCACUGCACAAAUUACACUGCAUAGAGUAAGUCACGCGAGCUAUAAUCGUUCUUUCGUUUAAGUUAGUGUCGAAAUGCGUUGUUCGACUGUCGGAAGUGUUCGUAACAUCAAAUCGACCAUAUGUAAUAAGUUUCAAUGCCAAAAAUUAUAGUGAUAUUACUUGAAGAUAUUGGAUGAUGUUGCGUUGGUUUUCUGGCACAAAAAUAACUUGGUGCUAGCUAAUAAAAAAAGUAGACUUACGCUACCAUGGGAAAUCUUCAUUAAUUUUGUAUCGCUUUGCUGUUAAAACAUUUUAAAUUGCCACUUGGUUACCUUUUUUUGUAAGUUCUGGAGGAAACAUACAGUUAAUUAGCUGUAGCUGUUAUUGCAAAAAAAAAAA